UAUUUACAACAAAUCGAAAGGAAAAAAAACCAUUGAUUUUAGUUUCAUUACAGAGAUUAAAAGAUCCAGUUAGAGCUGCCGUCUGCCAUGGCUGGUCUUCAAAGAUCUGCGGUGUCUUUUAGGAGGCAAGGUUCUUCAGGGAUUGUUUGGGACGACAAGUUCUUGUCGGAGUUGAGCCAAAUGAAACCAGAACAAGAAGAAGAAGGAGGAGGAGGACAGACCAAACCAGAUGAACAAGGGCAGGUGCAAGACAACAAUAACAACCCAGAAAAAGUUGAUGUCGUUAAGGAUGUUAAGCCGACAAUUGCUCCCAUCAACACCACCGUCGAAAGAAGCCGAUCUAACGGCGGUGAAAGACGCGGUUACCGUACCGGUAAGGUGUCCCCUGCCAUUGACCCGCCUUCUCCAAAGGUUUCAGCUUGUGGGUUUUGCAGUGCUUUUAGGAAACAAUCCACGAAUAGUAGUAGGAUUAAGAAUGGUAAGCGUAGAUCGAGAUAGGUGUUUUAAUCUUUGUUUUACUUGUAUUUCCGGUGACCGGAGUUGGAAAUUCCGGCGAACUUGAUGGGAAGUUAUGGGUAUAUUGAUUUAUGUAUGCUUAGGUUGUUUUAGAGGGAUUUAAGCUUAAAUUGAAGUCCAUCUAUAUGAACAAAGAA